AUGGGAAACAUCACGGGAGAGGCGCUCUGCGAAGCACAGCGCUUCGCCGAGGCGGCGGAGCUGUUCCGGUGCGUCCUGGCGGCGCUAAGGACGAGCUCUGAACGACACUCCCUCCGGGCCGUGGAGGCAGAAGUCUGGGCUCACCUGGGCGUGGCGAUGCAGUCGCUAGAUGACAUCGCGGCGGCCAUCGAGAGCUAUUGCCAGGCCGUGCGCCUGGACCCAUCGCUGCAUGUCUGCUUUGCCAACUUGGCGACGUUGUACAUGUACCUGGAAGACAGCCAGAAAGCCCAGGAGCACAUCUCAAAGGCCCUGCUCCUCGACCCCUCCAACGAGGCAUACCUCGAGAUCAAAAGAUCCUUGUCGGCUGGGACACCGACGGCGUGA